UUUGUUUGCUAUAAAAUCAUCUCCAACCUACUCCUACUUUCGAAACCACUUGGAACCCCCACAAAUUACGAUGGCUUCUCUUCUCAAAAAUACUUUUACUAUCACCUUCUACUUCAUACUCCUUUCAUCCCUUUCAAAUCCCUCUCAUGGAGUUUUCUCCGAGGAGCUUUCAGAAGCCAUAUCAAUGAAAAGAAUGGAGAAAACAACCCGCCUCCAUUUCUUCUUCCACGACAUCCACAGUGGCAAAACCCCAUCAGCAAUCAAGAUCGCCGGAACCUCAGAUCCGGGCUUCUUUGGCGACACAUAUAUGAUGGAUAAUGCUCUGACAGAAGGCCAAGAUGCGUCAUCAAAGGUGGUAGGAAAGGCGCAAGGAAUGUAUGCAUUUGCAGCCCAGAAAGAACUGUCAUUGCUGAUGGUGUUGAACUACGAGUUCACCCAAGGAGACUUUAAUGGGAGUAGUAUCAGUGUCCUUGGCCGGAAUCCGGUGAUGAUGGACGUCAGGGAGAUGCCGAUUGUCGGAGGCAGUGGGCGGUUUCGGUAUGCCACUGGGUAUGCGUUGGCGCAUACGGUUUGGUUUGAUUCCAAGACCGGGGAUGCCAUCGUGGAAUACAAUGUGUACGUAAAGCAUUACUAGGAAGUAAGAACUGGAUUUGACUUUUGAGCAUGUAGCUUUUGAAGAGUUGUGCGCGCUUUUAUGUUUUUCUGACAUACAUAUGGGUGUAAAAUGGGGAUUUGACCUUUAAAUUCUAAGGUGGAUUAAUACUCGCUGGUUAUCAACUUAUCAUAAAUAUUUUUAUGUUUUCUGCA